GUUCUCCAAUCUGUGCAAACAAUGAAGGGGAGAUUAUUUCGUGAAGAUUGUGAUGAUGCGUCGUUAAAAUAACCUACAACGUCAUUUCAAUUACGUACUAACGUUUAUGACGUCAUUACGUUAACAACCAAAUCAUUUAACGACGCCAGUUUGUGAAAAACUGCAGCUAACUUCAGCUGUCAUCCUUUAUUAUUGAAAAAUACCAGAAUGGACAUUGUAUAUCAGCCUUCAUUUAUCUUUUCGCAGAACGGAACUCUGAUAACCAAUCGGUUUGUUGAGUUUCGGAAGCUGUGUGAAUUAUUUGCUAAUGAAAUUAUAAAAGGACGAGAUCCUUCAGCAAUGAUAUUAACCAAGAUCACAAAAUUCCCUCCUCUUAGAGAUGUUCCUCUGUUGAACGAGGCUUUUGAUCUACUGAAAGAUUCUGCAUUUGAAUAUCAUAUAUCUCGUGAGAAGGGAAAUUUAGAUUAUUGGCCUGAAGAUGACCCACAAAAUGACCAAGGGGAUUCAAAUAGGUCCAGCCCUUCAACUGAUAGGUUGAGAAGAACAAGACAGGCAUAUAAUACGUUUUUACCAAAAGAAGAAAUGGCUGCAUGUAAGAAAUUGUUCCGGAAAUUAUCGCAAGUAUGCCAUAAACACCAGCAAGCACUUGAACCCUUACAAGAAGCUAUUUCGGCAUAUAAAGAACUGGACAGGAAAUGUUGGGAUGCAUACACACAGAUGAAUAUUGCAUCUGACAACUUCAACGAAUAUGCUACUGCCGAUGUUGAUGACCAAAAUGAAUUCAAAGAGGCGAGAUUUGAAGCCCAUAAUGUUUACAUACAACGGACGAAAGAAUACAUCCUGUACAAAGAAAAGUUUAAGAUGGCCUUCGAGAAGAUGUACCCCAGGUACAAGACAGAGAAACAAAUCAGAGAGGAACGUAUGAAUAAGGUACUAUUUUUGAAAUAUCCGAAAAUAAAUAUUAUACAAGAUAUUUGA